AUGACGGACUUCAAAUUUGCCAACUCUUCCGAGAAGGUUCCUGGUGACGGAGUCCUGCCUGCCGAGUUCUCCAUCAAGGCGAGCCCUUCAACCGACAUUUGGGCCAAGCCUCCCUCUACAGAAACCUUCACCGCACCAAUCCUGUACAGAAGUGUCCCCAUUAAGUCCUUCAAGCGGGCCAGAGUCGCUAUCAACGCCCUCUGGAAACACAAGUACGACCAGGGAGGCGUGAUACUAGUCCUUAAUGGCACCGACGGGACCCGAAAAUGGGUCAAGUCCGGUAUUGAGCUUGCCAACGGCCGGCCACACCUGAGUACUGUCGCAAAAGAUCGCUGGGCGGAUUGGAGUCUGCAGCCCGUACCAUCAGGUGGUGGAGCGGCCACAUUGGAGAUUGUCCGAGAGUCUGAUAACAGCCUGUGGAUCUAUUUGGUGGAGGGCAUUCAAAAGUCUCCUCUUCGAGAAGUGACAUGGGUAUUCGAAGAUGCGGAUGUUCAAGAUCUCUGGAUUGGACUCUAUGCAGCCAAACCCUCGAGCGAAAAGGAGGAGCUGAUUGUCAACUUCGGCCACCUGAUUAUCGAUUUGGCUGAGUGA